AUGAAAUUUCGCUUUACUCCCGUGUUAAUCCCCGGGCUGGUAGACUUCAUCACCACAGUGAAGGCCAGUGGGGGUGCAUUCGGUUCCUUAGCAACAGAGCGGUUGGGAGUGGGGAGUGUGCGAUCUCGGUUGACCAUUCCACCACUCAUAGCUGCAGGCGAGCGGCUUGAACUAAGUGUGAAGCCUAUUUAUAUCAACUUCAUGGAGACGGAACAUCCGAGUUAUGAUUGGAUAAACGAAGGGUGGCCAUUUGGUAUUGUUGGGCACCAAAGAAUUCUUGUUGACUCGAUUCCAGAACUUUUCCGAAUGAACAUUCAGAUCAAGAACGAGGGUGUUGUGGAUUGCAAUCCGGGACAGUUCUCCAACGGCCUGUGGCUGCCCCGGAGGAACCAGUCCAGUGCCCUGUCGCUAAUCACUGGCAAGUACGUCUGGAUAUCCGACGGCUGCCUGCGGUCACACCAAGUGCUGAAUGAAACCACAUUCGGUCUCCAGGACACCUUUCCUGCGACUGAAUUGGGCCGGUGCCUCAAAACCAGGGCCACUCGGCUGGCCGUCUUCGGAGACUCUAUUAGUGUGUGAAUG